AUGCAUUUCUCGGCUCUUUUGGUUCCUGUUCUCGCGGCCGUGGCUGCUGCUGAGAGCACCACGGUCAUCGAAUACUUCGCUGCCACCUCGACCGUCUCUGGUCUCAGCGUCAGCUUCACCUCCUAUUCCAGCUUGGCCGGCACGGUCCUUGGUUCUGAUGCGGCUGGGACCACCUACAGGGUCGGUUGUAUGAGCGACGCUCCCAAGUCUGACUGCAGCAUCGACCACCCUUUCACUAUGGUUGCCGGUGAAAACACUCUCAGCUACUCCAAGGCCCUGACUGCUGAGCUCGGAGGCUACACUGGCCUCAUCGGCGAGGAUGUUCAGUGCUCUUUCACUCACUCCACCGAGUCGGCUGCGUGCACCUUUACCAUGGAUGUCACUGUCUCCUCGGACGACGUGACCACGUCCACCCAGACCACCACUACUAUCAGCUACCCUGAGAAGUCCGUCACUUAUGACAAGCUGACUGUCGCUGCUACCACCACCGGUUCCUCUGAUGCUUCUGCAACCGGCGCUAGCUCUACUGAUGCCGCUGCUGGCCAUAAGCCCAGAGCUACUGCUGUUCCGUUGGGGGCUGCGGCUGCCAUUGCCGUGGCUGCGCUGUUCUAA